AUGUCAGGCCUCCUGUCAGAACGGCAGAAAGAUGAGCUACACAAGUCCAUGCUCUCCUAUCUCCACUCGGCGGGUCUGCGGGAGACGUAUGAUGCUCUCAAGCGAGAAACGGACAAUGCGGACUUUGAGGUGGAUGAUCCGAAAGCCAAGUGGGUGGGAUUAUUGGAGAAGAAAUGGACCAGUGUCAUUCGUCUGCAGAAGAAGAUUAUGGACCUCGAAUCCCGCAACGCCGCCCUCAUACAAGAACUCGCCUCCCCACACCGUCCCACCGCUUCCUCCUCCACCGCCCCCUUCAUCCCCCGCCUCCCCGCUCGACAAACCCUUACAUCUCACCGCUCGCCAAUAACAAAGAUCGCGUUCCAUCCGGUCUGGACGGUACUGGCGUCGGCGAGUGAGGAUGCGACGGUCAAGGUUUGGGAUUGGGAGGGUGGGGAGUUGGAGCGGACGGUCAAGGGGCAUACGAAGGCGGUUAUGGAUGUGGAUUUUGAUCAGAGGGGGACAUUUAUGGUGACAUGCUCGACCGACCUGACGAUCAAGCUCUGGGAUACGAGUAACGAAUACACCAAUGUCAAAACAUUACACGGACACGACCAUUCGGUAUCCGCCGUCCGGUUCACACCUAGCGGAGAUAUGCUCGUUUCUGCAAGUAGAGAUAAGACGAUGCGCGUAUGGGAGGUAGCGAGCGGGUAUUGCGUCCGGACAUUCUCGGGACACUCGGAUUGGGUCAGGGAGGUCGUUCCUUCGGAUGAUGGGCGGUGGUUGUUGAGCUGUUCGAGUGAUCAGACCGCUCGGGUAUGGGACUUCUCAAAUGGGGAGACCAAGGCGGAACUGCGCGGACACGAGCACGUUGUGGAAUGUGCGGUGUUCGCACCGGUAAAUACCUACCCCUCAAUACGAGAAUUAGCAGGACUACAAAAUACACCCGCCGAAUCCCGCCCCAAAUCCCCCGGAGCCUACAUAGCCACCGGUUCGCGCGACAAGUCCAUCCGGCUAUGGGACGCCCAGACAGGUCAAUGUCUCCGCAUAUUCACGGGACACGACAAUUGGGUCCGAGCCCUCGUCUUCCAUCCCAGCGGCAAAUACCUCCUUUCAGCCUCAGACGACAAGACUGUCAGGAUCUGGGAUAUCGCGCAGGGAAGGUGUACAAAGACGAUUGAGGCGCAUGGGCACUUUGUUACGUGUAUGGCGUGGGGAAGAGCGGGGGUGGGCGGUACGGUCGGAGCGGCGGCGGGAGGGGACGGGAAGGUGAAUGGGACAGCAGGAGCCAAUGGGGCGGCGGUGCAGGAGGUGAGGAGGGUGAAUGUAUUGGCGACGGGCAGUGUGGAUCAGACUGUCAAGAUAUGGACACCAUAG